CUUCUGGGUGAAUGUUUUUCUUCAAAAUGGCGGGCGAAUGUGAAAGUUGUUGUAGAGAAAUAACAACACUUUUCUUUCGUUUAACUGCCAUGAUGUAGACAAAUGCUAAAGUGUUAACAAAAACUUGUAAAAUGACAGCGAAGAAAGUGCAGAGCUAUUUGGAUGAGCAUCGAAUCGGACCGUUAUUUGAGGACCUGAUGGCCAAGCUCAUCAAAGACAUGCCAAGUCAACCCAUACCCUAUCUCAUCAAGUCGCUGAAGAAACUCUACCCUGAUAGUGAACUGCCAAAGAGUGGUUUUGGCCGCCCACCAUCUGGAAGCCGGUCAAUGACACCUAGUGCAAUGUCCAAAUCCAUCAGUCUUACCGGCUCACCAAUAACCAGAAAAUCAUUUGAUGAUAAAAACAGAGAUGUACAGCGCAGUGCUCUGGCAAAGUCAUGGGCUGCACCUGACACCUCAGACCCUUACAAAGACCACACCAAGCAGCGGGAUUACCAGAGACCAUGGCUUGCAGGGAGCAAGCCUUUAAAGACAGAACCCUCUAGACCAGGAUCUAAAACCAAGAAGGCAGCAGAGAAGGGCCAGUGGAACAAUGACACCCGUGUACCUACCCAUGACUUUGAUGAACUUUUCCAAUACCAAAAUGGACCAGCAAAAAAUAAGACUGUGGAUUAUGAUGGAGCACAAACUUGGAACAGCACUGAACUGGAUGAGUCCCUGGACAAAAGAGGACUUGGCUACCCAUUACAUGUCAAGCAAGGAGCUCCCAAACCGGUAACCAUGGACACCACUGAUCUGGAAGGGGAGGAGUUAAAGCUACGCCCUGAUCUAAAGACUCUAGGAGAUACAAGUGACAGUGACUCUGUAGCUUCCUAUGGGUCAAGCAGAUCCCACAAAUGUAAGAACCACAGGACAGCAGCGGAGGAGCAUCGUCGCCAGCUUCAAGCCCUGCUGAUGGAGAAAACAAGCUCACAGGACUAUCCACCUGGUCCUGCUUUGAAUGGGCUAAAAGAUGACAAUGAUGAUGCUGGUACAGUAGUUUUAGAAAACUACAGUGAUCUUGAAUCAGAAGGUGUUGAAAACAUCCCGAAAUCCGGAGUCAAAUUAGCAAAGGGAUCUAAUAAAUUAAUUCCAAACCAAGAAGAUGUCAAAGUCAGUAUAUGUGCAAGGUGUGCAAGGGUCAUAACAGGACUCCCUACAGACCGAUCAUCAGAUGGUGACAGUAUAUUCUCCUCUAAUACUCUUGUUGAUGAUGACUUUGAAAGUGUGUCUCAAGUUGGAAGCACAAACGGUGCGCCUCCAAGAGUCUCUUGGCCAGCAGGGUUUGACACUGAAAGUGAAGCAAGCCCGAGGCGGGGCGUAUUUGGGAGCCAGAGUCCUAAACAAGACCGAGGCAUGCUGGGAAGGUCCAGCUCCAAACCAGACAAGGGCAGACACAUGUAUCGGGGCAAUAGCAGUAAGAGCUGGUCUAGCCCAAGGCCCCCCUCGUCUGCUUCUGAACGUAGUGAUGAUGGGCUGUUUGGGAAGCCUGGGUCUGGUCGAAAGUGGAAAUAUGGAGACAUGUCUUCUGAUAAUGAGGGUGAUACAUAUCGACUCGCUGCAUCCAAGCUAGGCAGCAGCAGCAAACCUUGGUCCAGACCACCCGCGGACAGUGAGUCAGAGUCAGGGAGCGUGACCUGGGAACAAGGUCGCAAAAAGAUUGAAGCCAAGCCCAAAAGCUACAGACGGUAUCUAGGCAACCUUAGUGAUUCUGACAGCUGAAGACACGUGAAACGUGAGGGCUGUCUGUGGAUGAAGAUUGCUUGGAGGUGCCGUGCUACUUCACUUAUGGGAUAUCUGUGGUCCAAGGGCACGUUUCUGCUUAGUAUGGACAUAAGUAAUAGAGAGAGAAUAGAGAGAAAUAGAGAAAAAAAUGAAAAGAUGCUGCCACUGUUGCCCCAUGAGACCUAGCAUAUCCGCAAGGAAAGAAUGCCAGCCUAGUUACAGAAGUACUAACCGAGUUUCCUGUGGUGGAUGUGCUCUGACGUCACAGUAAACGAAAUUCGUCCCAGACCCUCACGGCUCAUUUACGAACCAGUAAACCCGGUAAGGGCUCUAGGGAAUUGGCUGCGAUUAUCCCAUUUAUUUAAUACGUACUUAUACAUUCAGUCUCGAGUAGAGAUUCAAUGCAAUAUACUCACUGUAAAUAGCCUACAUGCAGGCGUUUGUUGGUGUUACUAUCGU